UUCUCGAUUUCUCAGACUCUUUAGAAAGAACAAUAUAAGGAUGGCCUCUAUAACUCCAUCAACCAUACCCCCUUCCUCUCAAAUUGGUAUACCCACAACCGUCCCUCCAGCGGCGCAAUCAUGGGGUCCAUUGGCUAUCGAUGCUGCAGCACACGGAGCUAUUGCAUUCUGUCAAAUCUACUAUGAAGCGUAUGAUGAACCGUCGAGGCGAGCUGAGGAAAUCCCAAUUCUUUACCUCCCAUCCUCCAAGAUCAUUUGGAAUGGUAACCCUGUGUCUUCCGAACCUGCCGCUUUCGCCGAAUUCCUUCGUUCGAUGCCUCUGAGCAGACAUGACCUUCAAACGCUUGACUGUCAUCCUGUUGCCUCUGAAGAAGGCUCGGCUCCAUCAUUGAUCAUAAACGUCACCGGUUCCGUGCUUCAUGGUCCGGCUGUACUUCAGUCAUCGAACGAUAAGCCGCAAGAGAGGGAUAUGCCUAGAAAGUUCCAUGAAAUGUUCAUGUUGAAAGUGAUCGGGCAGGAGGAAGGGAUGCAGCCGAGGUAUGCCGUGCAUAGCUCCAACUUUAGAUUUAUUGGUUAGAAAUAGCAAGGCAUGUCAAAAAGGAGGGCCAGAACAUCCUUGUGCCAAAACAAACCUAUUUCGUCCGGUUUCUCCCCGACAUUGUUUAAGAUCAUGAUCACAUUCUGCGAAAAGGACAGAUAGUUCCUAAUCAGUCUUUGAAAUGCCUCAACAUCUGUAUACUACAAGAGGUCUAAACUUGUACGAAGAAAAUUCAUACAUGUAUUUCCUACGAACCGACAAACAAUGGAAGAUAAACCACAUGGCGAUAUCGUAGCUGCGAUGCAUCACCUUGUUUACAAUAUUAACCUUCACGGCCGUGUUAUCCUUUGCGAUUCAGAUUGACUUGAUUGGCCGCCCUUGGGAGCUCUGUAUAACCCUUCAGUUUAAUCAUGAGAAGGGUCCCCGGUGUCGAUUCGUUAACCUUAUACUUACGCCUCUGAAGAUAACUAUCAGCUUGAGACGAGACGCCGAUUAAACCCGUAAAAUAUCCAAAGGCUGUAGGCAACCGGAAUGAAAACAGUUCGAAAGGGAGGAGGUAGAUCAUAG